AACAAAUGUCUUCAUCACAGUCUCAAUCACAGUUGUUCUCCUACUGAUCUACUGAUUACACAGCGGUGCAGUUCAUGACGCAUGACCGUUGAGGUCAGCAAAUCAAUCAGGAAAAGGGUUUUAUUGAUUACUCGGAGCUUCACUUUGAAGUAAGACUGAUUCGCAAUCUGUCUGUGUAGCUGUUGAAACAAUUUGGAUCAGUCGAUUAUUCACUCAUGUUUAUUGAUCUGCUUUUUUUUUUUGACUCCUAAUCUGUCCAUUUUCACUCAUGUUUUAGUCUUUUGAAGCUGUGCUCACUCAUUCUGCUUUGUUGUACGCCUUUUGGCUUUUAUGUAUUUCUUGUGUCCUUUUUUUUUCAAACAAACUGAAUCCAAAAACUCUUUUCAGUGUCAAACUAUAAGGACUUAUUUUGGAAAUGGACCAGGCUGUCUUUAAGUUUGAGGUGAUUUUAGACAUUGUGGAAAUUUUUAUCCUCACAAUUAGUAUGUCGGAUUAGUGAAACACAGAAGCACCUCUCAUUAACUUGGACAUCUUUGAGUUGACCACUUAUUUAAGUGUACAUCCUGGUCCACUGAUGUUAAUCCGUUUUACGUUUACCUCUUCAAACGUCAGAGAAGGGCUGACGUCCCUGUGCAUCUCCAACCCCCCUCAUACUCUAUACACACACACACCACAUCAUCAUCAUCAUCAUCAUCAUCAUCAUCAUCAUCAUCCGCCCACCUAAAUCUUGAUUUGACGAACGUCCUGGGUCACGAUAGCGUCUCCCAGCCAGCCUAUAUAAGCAGCAGAAAGUUUUACAAACACCCAGCAAAACAUAAAUUCGGCCUUUGACCAAGAACAGACGAGAAAAAGCGCCGUUUUCCUCUGCGUACAAAAAAGUGCCAAAUCCGUUCAGGACAUGGAGAGGUCAGUCAGGUUUGCCGUGGUGUGCGUCGCAGUAUCUCUGCUCAUCUCCUGCCAUCCAGUCGAAGCCUGGUACAAGCAGUCGACCGGACCCAGUUACUACUCGGUGGGUCGUGCCUCCGGUUUGCUGUCCGGUAUCAGGAGGUCGCCAUACGUCCGGAGGUCCGAGUCCGAAGAGACGCUGAUGGAGAGCGGGGAGACAGCAGGUAACAACGUGAUUCCAGAGACUAACAGGCAGAUCUCCAUCCUCAAAAGCAUGGCUAUCUGCGUGAAAGACAUCUCUCCAAACCUAAAGAGCUGCGAGCUGCUGCGGGACGGGACGGGCACCUUCCAGUGCAAGGCGGAUGUCUUCCUCACCCUGGACUCUCUGGACUGUCUGUCUGCAUGAGUCUCGGUUGAACCGGCGGGGACAGCGUCCUGGUCCUCUCACCGAGCCCCGGGAGAGCUUCUCUGGAAAAGAAAAAAUAAAGGAAAGGAAUGAGAGAUGGAUGAGUGUGCGGGAAAAGAAAACCUGAUCAUUGUCGAUCAUGGACCGCUGCAGACUCUGAAUGUUCUCUCUUAUUUAAAAAAAAAACACAAAAAAAAACUCACAAACAUUGUUCAGUUUUGCUUUGGUUGUAGAAAAAAGAUGUUAGUUGAAACCUUCUUCUUCCAGAUGACUUUUCAUCCUUACUGUUUAACCCUGACAUGUACCCGCCGUUGCCAACGUGUAUUAAAUCCAGAAAGUUGACUGCA